AAAGUCCAUAAUUAACUCUAAAAAUGCCUGUCCCGCUUUUAAACCAAUUGGCGCCUGGUUUCAAAGGCCCAGCAGUAAUAAAUGACAGUUUCGAGAAUAUUUCUAUAACGGAUUACAGGGGGCAAUACUUGAUUCUAAUUUUUUACCCUAUGGACUUUACUUUUGUGUGCCCAACUGAAAUUAUAGCUUUUUCCGAACGCGCUGACCAGUUUAAGUCGAUUAAAACAUCAAUUGUUGGGAUAUCAACGGAUUCGGAGUUUACUCAUUUAGCGUGGACCAAUACGCCAAGACAACAGGGUGGUGUAGAUAAGUUGAAUUUCCCCUUGCUGUCUGAUAAGUCGAUGAAGAUUUCCAGAGAUUAUGGGGUCUUAGAUGAAGAUACAGGGGUUGCAUAUAGAGGGUUGUUUAUUAUAGACCCAAAAGGAAUGUUGCGACAAGUUACCAUAAACGAUUUGUCUGUGGGGAGGUCUGUAGACGAAGCAUUAAGACUCGUACAGGCCAUACAAUUUACUGAUGAGCAUGGUGAUGUGUGCCCUGUAAACUGGGUGCCUGGAAAAAGCGCAAUAACUCCCACUGUUAUAGGUUCGCAGAAGUUUUUAAACCCGGAGAAAUUCAGUGUGUAGAUAUUAAAUAAAU